AGUCCUUGCAAGAGUUAAACCGCCUGUUCCGCCCGAUCCUGAAACCAGUUGAACAGGAGCCCUUGGACUUAAGCCGGCUUAGUGCUAGUGAGCGAGCGCUAAGCCCUGGAGCAGAAGAGGAGGCCCGGGAAGAGCGAGGAGGGGAGGGAGGGAUGGAUCAAGGAAGGGAGGAAGGAAGGGGGGAUGCCCGAGUUUGCCUCCCUCCCUCCCGCUCCGCCCUGGAUUAAAGGCCUCGGGAUUUGAAUCUCAUGAAGGAAGGAAGGGGAGGCUUUGGGGGGCAGCAACUGCCCUGCAGACGCGGAGGACAGAGCCGUGAGGAGAGAGGAACAAGCUCCGGAUAAAUGAAGAGGAACGCAUGCCCAAACUGACUCCAACCCAUGUGCCCUGUGAGCUGUCAGAAGCAUGUAUCAAGCAGGAAUUCUUGAUAUCUCACAGAGGAAAAAAAAGCAAGGGAGGCUUCUAAGUGAGGAAACAAUAAAGGGGACAAAGAAAUCCAGAUGUGAGUGAAGAUAAAUAUGUCUCCAGAGACAUAAAAUAGCUGAAGGUGGUGGCAACCCUGGGUCUCCAAGUUCAGAGAAAGUUUGACAAGAGGCUUACUCCAGUCGUGAAAAUGGAGAAGCAGACCUGGGAAGGUCCCACCGAGGGACUGGAGAGUACAGGAAGAGACAUUUUUUCCAUCCAGUCUGGGAUCAUGCGAGAUCUACCCCGUUGGACCGUACCGAGAGAGGAGGGCAUCCCGCACCACCUGGAAUCCCAGUGGCAGGAUUUCUUGAAGACCAUGCAGUCCACUCCACUGAGAUGGGGAAGGCCACCCUUGCCAGAACUGACCUCCUGGGAUGACCUGAUCGCCUUUGAGAGGGUGUUUGGGGCCUGCCAGUGGCCUCCGGGAGACACGGUGGCUCGGCUAACGCCUGCAUUUCACUCAGAUACCCAAGAGGCCGCUAACUGUCUGAACUCUAGAGACAAAAUGGAAUUUGGGAAGGUUAAAGCUGCCUUCCUGCAUGGGAAUUCUGUCAGUGCAGAGAUACACCGCCAGCGCUUCAGGCAGUUUUGCUACCAGGAGGCCGAGGGCCCCCGUGAGGUCUGCAGCCACUUGCGAGAACUCUGCCAUUGUUGGCUUGAGCCAGAGAGCCGUACAAAGGAGCAGAUCCUUGAGCUGCUGAUCCUAGAGCAGUUCCUGACCGUCCUGCCGGAGGAGAUCCAGAGGCAGGUCAGGGAACGAAGCCCGGAGACCUGUGCCCAAGCAGUGGCCCUGGCAGAAGGCUUCAUCCUGAGGCAGCAGCAAGGCGAGCUGCGGGAAGAAGAGGGUCCUGAGCAAUUCCAAGAAGCGGCUGUGGAUUUUUCAGAAGCACAAAGAGUUCCUCCAAAUGCCAGGCAGAGGCAGCUUGCCAAGGAGGCGAGAAGGCAGGAUAAUGCUUUGGGUCCCAAUCUUACAAGCAAAACUGAGGAACAGCGUGACUCUAAGGAGUCCAGAGAAGCAGAGGAAGACGAAGAAGCCCUUCAACCAUCCGAGGGAAUCCAAAGAAAAGAGAAAUGCCACCUUUGCAUUGAAUGUGGCAAAAGCUUCACUCGUCCCUCGGACUUGGCUAAACACCUGAAUGUUCACACUGGAGAAAAACCAUACCUGUGUGUUGAGUGUGGGAAAAGCUUUAGCCAGCUGUCUCACCUUACAAGACAUCAGAAAAUCCACUCAGGAGAAAAACCACACAUUUGCUCUGAGUGCGGAGAUACCUUCAGCCAGCGGGCGUACCUGGUCAGCCAUCAGAGAAGCCAUUCGGGAGAACAGCCAUACCGCUGCUCAUACUGCCAGAAAUGUUUCAGCCAUCAGUCGGCCCUUAAGAUCCACGAACGAAACCACAUGGGCCAGAAACCCUAUGCCUGUACUGACUGUGGGAAACGGUUUGUUUCCUCUUCCUCCCUCUCAACCCACAGGAGGAUCCAUACAGGGGAAAAGCCCCAUGCCUGUGGCGUGUGCGGGAAAAGAUUCAUCCAGCAUUCAAACCUAGUCUCACACCAGCGAACCCACUCAGGGGAGAAGCCAUACUCUUGCAAAGUGUGUGACAGGAAGUUCGCUUACCCUUCCGAUCUUACUAGGCACCAAAAAAUCCACACGGGAGAGAAGCCUUACCCCUGUGAAGAGUGUGAGAGGAGAUUCACCCGGCUCUCUGACCUUAUUACGCACCAGCGCAUUCACACGGGAGAGAAGCCCUAUCGCUGCCUUGAGUGUGGGAGAAGGUUUAGGCAGAGGGGAGUGCUGGUGAAGCACCAGAAGUGUCACUCAAAAGAGAAUCCAAAAGAGAGUGAGUUGGAAUUGCAAGCCAACCAGGAACUCAGCAUUCAGGACAUAAAGGAAGAGGAGGAGAACCUGGCAGAAUCCCUCUGAUUUCCUCAUCCAGUUCCUGAUGCCCAGCAUCCCUACACAGCUGCACAAGAAGGAGCAACGAUCUUGAGCAUAACCCUGGGAAGUCUCCAUUGUGCUCUCUUCUCCCUUUCCUCUGGUGCUGGCUAGGUCUGGUCGUGAGAGCAGCUGACCAUUGCUGCCCUCCACUUGGCUGUGGUUACAAGUAUGGGAAGGAAGAAGCAUUUUGGAGAGAAGCUGUACAUUCAGUAUGGAAAUGACACUGAAAAAAAAUGUUAUUUUCCUCCUCCACACUGCUGAUUUUCUUGGUCAUUGUGACCUUUGGAAGAAGCUGGAAUCAUGCAAUCUGUUUGGGAUGCAGCAAUGUGGAUGGGAGGGGAUACCCUCUUCCUAGGAAUGAGUCUGUGUUUUGUUGGCCAGAUGAAAUAGUUACAAGAACUCUCUGCAAAACAAAUAGCUCUCUGCCACAUUGAGAAAGAAGUGCUGAAGGCAUUCAUCUGCUAUACUUCAACCCAAGGAAUGGCUGUGACAAUGACCUCUUCAUACAUUGUUAGCUGGGGACAGAAUGAAUCAAGUUCUUUUCUGCUAGAGAAUAGUCAUCAGAGGACGAAGGAAUGUAGUCAGAUUACGCAUAAACCAACAAAACUAGUAUCAUACAUAGGUCCUAAAUACUGGUGUAAGAUAGUCAUAUUCCAUGCAUCAUCCCAUAUUAAGCACCAGUAGUGACUCCAUCUUCCCUUUCUUUUUUGUGUGUCAAACCCAUGGGCUGUCGAUCCAGACAGGAUGAUGCCUAGUCAGCUGCCAUCAUCACCUUUUCAUACCUGGUCUCGUCCCUCACUGCCAACUCCCAAACUAGGGCUGAUUAAUAAUGUAAAGAUUUGACUUAUACUUACCCGGCCCAAUGGUAGCAAUUAGUGUGACUAAUUCUGGCAUUCCAGAAUCUCAGAGAGGGUUUUGCUCAGCCUUGAUGUGUGAAACAAAAAAGGACAGGGAUCAGAUCAGAAACUUUAUGCAGGCAAGGACUUCUACAACUAAAUUAUGGCCUCUGACUUUGACAGCUAGAGAUGAAACCUGAAAGUUAUUUUCAUACAUGGUAGUAAAGAGAGGCAGUCAUAAUUUUGAUGCUGUUACUUAGAGGAAUGGCCAAUCUAAGAUAGGUGGCAGGGAAAGAAAUCCCUCCAGGUCUUAGCAUUAAUGAAGACUGAAUAGAGUUGUACAUUGAGGUGGAGAAUGUGAGUAGGAAGAGCAGGAACUAAACUUGGCUAGCACAAAUGUGUGCUUGGCACCUGUUCAUUACUGCUGGUUUCUGUCAGGACUCCUGCAGUGUUAAAUACAGAAAUUCAAUUAUGGAAAAAGCUGAACUGCUUCUGUUUAAGACCAUGGAGCCAUGCCAGGAAAUAAAGGUGGCAGUCCAGUGGAUACAGUGGCUGACAUCUUCCCAAUUUUGAGUCAGUGCCAUCAUGUCAACUAAAACAUUUUGAUAUAAAAUGUGGACUGUUGCUUAGUUAGGUCAGACUGGAGGGAGGGGAACAGUUGCUUUUGAGGGUGGGGUAAGAAUUAGGUUAGAGUGAUACUCGUUUGAAAGCAGAAAAUAUAUUUUGUAGUACGAGGGUAUCCAAAACAUUAACAUGUAAUUGUCACCUUACACAUUUCCACAUCUCUUCUAACAUCUUGGCAAUUAGUGUUUUUUGGUUCAGACAUCAAGAGAAAGGUUAUCUAGCUCCAGUAGUUUCUAUUAAAGUUGUGUUAAGUUGUAGGACAUAAAUAACUAGGCCUAAGCCCUCUUGCUAGUCCUUCCUACAACAGACUAAUUGAAUCAAUGGGAUUUGCCAACUUUGGCUCCCAUGCAACAACUGAUUGAAUGAGUCUGUUUGGUUUGGAGUUAUCCAAUAACCUUCAUUUCUUUCUUGUUAAAUAGCCAUUUCCAUCCCACUCAAUAUGUUUUUACAGUUUCCUUGCUGACUAUUAUCCACCAUCAUGUCAACUUAAAACUGACGUUACUGCAUCAGUUAUUUGGAGUCUCACAAACCUAUGUUGUCGUAAACAAGAAUUCUGUAACUUAUUUUUAUCCAGCUGAAAACAAAAUUGACUUACAAUUUUUGCAGUAAAGCAUGACUGAAGAAAGCAGAAGGUCAAUGUCGGUUCUUGCUCAAGUAAUUAAUGGGGUAGGCAAUACAGUAUUAAAGCAGUGGGAAUAUUAGAGGGACAGUACUUAGUUACAACUCUCAGUGUUAAUAUUAUAGUAUGAUUUACAUAGUUCCUAAUGCUUUCCAUCAUUAAAAUAUAGUUUGUAUUCAAGAAUGCUGUUGUUUGUCUUGACUUGGCCCCGUCGAAUUACAGAUUCACCAAAGGGUGGACAGCCAUGGAAAUAUGACCCAACUACAAAAGACAUAAUGACUAGAAGGCUAUUCAAACAAUUUAACAACUCAUUUUAAAAUGUCUAUGUGUAGGCAUGGGACCUAACCUAAAUAAAAUUUCUCUGAGAUUUAGAAAGAGCUGAAGGAAUAAUGCUGCUUUGAA